AUGCGGCAAAUAUUAUCUAUCAGCUAUUAUGAUUUACCAUCCCAUCUAAAACCUUGCUUGCUGUACCUAAGUAUUUUUCCAGAGGAUUACACUAUUUUGACAGAUCAAUUGAGACGAAGAUGGAUAUCCGAAGGCUUUAUCCAUGGUAACGAUGUUGAAACAUUACAUAAUCUUGGGCACCAUUAUUUCAGUGAGCUCAUCAACAGGAGCCUUAUUCAACCGGAACAUAUUAAUACUCAUGGAAUGGUAGAAGCUUGCCGUGUGCAUGAUAUGGUGCUUGAUCUCAUAACAUCAUUGUCAACCAAAGAAAAUUUUGUCAUUGUGUCACAUGGUCACAAGCUCGCACACCUUCCAAAGAGGAUUCGUCGAUUUUCCCUCCAUAAUAACAGUAACGAAGAGCUCACUAGAACAGAGGUGACCAUUAAUUUGUCCCACACGAGAUCACUUAUUGUGUUCCCUGGUGCUGUUAGGCUGAUGUCUCCUCUUUCAAGCUUCAAUGUUUUGCGAGUAUUGGACUUAGAAGGUUGUCGUGACCUGCAGAACCAGAUCAGCAGUGUUGGGAGUUUGCUUCACUUAAGGUAUCUAGGACUAAGGGAUACAGUGGUGCUACCACCUGGGAUUGGUAACAUGGAGUCUCUACAAUUGCUGUCAUCGGUUGGCUCCAGUAGCUGUGCAAACUUAACAAAAGAAUUAGGCAGUCUAACAGAACUAAGAAUCCUCCAUAUUUCACUUGAUGGCACAUUGCAUGAGAGCCACAAGAAUCCAUUGGUUGAUUUGUUAUGCAACCUGAAGAAAAUCCAAGAAUUACACAUUGAUUCUACAGGAAUAUCCAAUGAGUUCACUGUGGAUUUAGCAUGGUUUCCCCAGUAUCUCAAAAGUUUCUUAGGAAGGGUGCCUAGAUUGCCAAGGUGGAUGAGCCCCUUGUUAUCAGAUCUGACCACUCUGGUCAUUACACUCAACAUGAUACGACAGGAGGAUCUCCAAAAUCUUGGAGGCUUGCCAUUUCUGCAGUUCCUUUGUCUUAUUGUUGAUUCUGCUGAAGAAAUGAUCAUCACUAGCACUGAUCAAGGAAAAUUCCAUUGUCUAUCUGAGUUUCACUUUCAUAAUGAUAAAAUGGGGCUUAUUUUUGCACCAGGGUCUAUGCAAAAUCUUAAAACCCUUGAGCUAACAUUUAGAGUGAGGGAGAGAAAGGAUGCAUAUGGUGAUUUUGAUCUUGGCUUGGAGAACCUCUCUUCAGUGAAGCAUAUCAUCGCUAGGAUUCGCUGUACAGGUUCCACAGUCUGUGAGGUGGAGGAUGCUGAUUUAGCCCUGAGGAAGGCAAUCGAUUUGAAUCCCAACCAUCUAAAGCUUGAGGUGAUAAGAUAUUACAAAGAUGAAAUGUUGGAGGAUGGACAACACUGGGGAAAAACUUUGGUAGAGGAGGACAACGAGAAAAUUGAUCUUGGCCCCUCAGAGUUUGUGAAGGAGGUUUCUGGGACUUAUGGGCUAUGCUCUCCUCAUCCGGACGUUGUUAUAACAUCACUCACCCUGGUGACUAAUUUAUGCAGCUAUGGACCUUUCGGGCAACCGACAGGAACCCCAUUUCACACUCGAGUAGACAAAACUGCCAGCAUUGUUGGCUUCUUUGGGCGGUCUGGGAUAUAUCUUGAUGCAAUUGCUGUUUAUGUUCGCCCUUCUGAAUAA